UCAUGAUUCUAUUGAACCCUUACCCAUAAACUGCAUCUCGUUUCUAUGCACACACACUUGGAGGCCACGCUAUUCGCGAGCGUUUUUUUUCGUCAGCAGUUCACGCCCUCUCUCACGCCGCUGGCUCAGCCAAAGUGAUGGCAUAGACUCUGGUCAAGGUACCCCCCCACGUGCCCUACAGGAGUCGAUCUCGGACGUCGUCUAAGGAUAACCGGGCUGUCGGGUGAUGGGUCAAGGCCCAAGCAAAGACCCUGAAGAAACCGGGCGUUUAUCGUGUGUGUGUCACUCUAUACAUGACAAGCUUGUGCAAGAGAGGAAAAGAGAAGUGGAAUUACUUGGAAAACAAGUGGUUGCUUGCGCUGCUGUGAAGAAACGGGACGCAUCCACAGGGUCUCAACUCACACUCCACCGGGGCUCUUCAACAAUUCUGCCUGGGUUGAGCUGAUCUUGGUCUGACUUUGACAUGCACCUUUAAUGCCUGGCUCAUCUUUCAUGUGCAUCUUUAUGGAGCUUCUCAAAGACCCCGUUCCUUGCUCUGGUCUCUGUCUUGCUUGACCUGGUCAUGUCUCCGCUGCUGGCUGUUUGUUCUCUAUUUCGUUACCUGCCUACCCUCCCCUUCAACACCGUACUGUUGCACAUACACACAAAACACACGCAAGAUACCACACGGACGCUGUAACUGACACUGAAACUCGCAUAUUUCCAGCCACACAUCCUCGCUCACUUCUCCCUCCAAGCAACGAUCGCUAAGUCAACCAUUCCUUCUCACCUAUCCGCUCCCUCGUCUGCUCUCUAAGUCACCAAGAGCUCCCACGGGCGCCCACGCCGCAGCAUGAAGUUUGGCAAGCAGAUCCAGAAGCGUCAGCUUGAGGUGCCUGAAUAUGCUGCCAGCUUUGUCAACUAUAAGGCCCUGAAAAAGCUCAUCAAGAAGCUGUCUGCGACCCCUACCCUAACCUCACAGAACGAUGUUCUCCGCUCGGCCACCCCUGUGGAUUCCCAGGCCGCUCUCCAGGCCAAUAAAGCAACCUUCUUCUUCCAACUGGAACGGGAACUCGACAAGGUCAACGCCUUCUACCUGCAGAAGGAAGCUGAGCUGAAAAUUCGCCUCAAGACGCUCCUUGAUAAGAAGAAGGUGAUACAGUCUCGUCAUGGCAUCUCUCGGCGCUCAGCCAAGUUCACUACCCUCGAGGAAGGCUUCCAACAGUUUGCUACCGACCUCAACAAACUUCAACAGUUUGUCGAGAUCAACGGUACUGCUUUCUCAAAGAUUCUCAAAAAGUGGGACAAGACAUCAAAGUCCAAGACAAAGGAGCUUUACCUCUCGAGAGCCGUCGAAGUCCAGCCAUUCUUCAAUGCUACGGUAAUAAGCGAGCUUUCUGAUCAGGCCACCACAAGUCUACAAGAGCUCGGUGCUUGGUCGGAUGGAAUCCAAGUGAACUUUCAGUCGGGGCACGUGGUGACCUCGCAGCAUUUCGUCGGCACUGAUGAAGGGGACGCAGACACACUGCUACUUGAUACUGUUAUCACAGGAAACCUCGAGUCCUUAAAGGACCUUCUUCAACGGAUGCGCUCCGCCAACGACACUGGAGAUGGAGAUAGCUCGUUGAUGGAAAGGCUCACGCGGACCUUCUUAGCAGCCAUCUCAGAAGCUCCACAAGAGUCCCUGCGAGUUCUACUCGACACAGGUCUCGUUGAUCUCCACUCUUAUGAUGAUAUCAAUGAGAGAAAUUGCCUGCACCAAGCUGCCAUCUAUGGCAAGCAGUACGUCCUGGAGUGGGGCUUGUCAGUCAAUGUUGUUGUGGAUAGAACAGAUGUCUAUGGCCGGGUUCCUCUGCAUUAUGCCAGCCUUCACGGAAGAUUGGAAAUGCUCAAGGUCCUCUUGGACGCAAAUCAAAAAACCAUCGACCUCAUCGACCACGACAACUUCACCCCCUUGAUUCAUGCUAUUAUCCACGGACAUCUCGACUGCAUCGAACUUCUCCUUGCCAGAUCUGCACGUAUCGAUCCGUUUUCUGAUUCGGAUCAUGUGCCCUUGAACCUCGCUUGCGAACAUGGCUCGGUGGCCGUGGUUGAGAUGCUGUUGAAGCAUGGGGCCAAGAUCUUGCCUGAUGCUGAAGGCCUUUACCCUCAGCAUCUCGUAGCAAGGGCUGGCCAAACCUCAGAACUGCUCCUACUCCUCAAGCAAUAUGGCGCUGAUCUCGACCAAAUUGAUAAACUUUAUGGAUGGACACCACUAGUACAUUCUGCAAGCGAAGGCAAUGUCGACUGUCUUCAAGCACUACUCAAGGUCGGGGUCGAUGCAAGCAUCGUGGAUGAGAAGGACCUUCCAGCCAUGUACUAUGCUGCUUGGGAGGGACACCUUGCGUGUAUGAAAUUGCUAACCCCAUUCAACACACGACCACGAGCCAGUCCCUUCAUGGUGCAGCCUGCCUUGGGUCCUAUGGACUCAAGUACAGCGCCUCUGCCCAUGUCUCUUGAUCCCGAUGCGAUCCCCGAACUCGAACUUCCUCCUCCAAUCAUUCCUCUGCGCCGAUACGGACACAACUUCCUUGACACAAAGACAGUUGUUCAGAUCUCUUUCGGAGAUUUCGAGGAACAGCCCCUUGUCUUCUUCCAGGAUGGAAAAUACCCUGCCGCUCGCCUCACGAUUUCUUCAAAGGUUUCGGAUCUUAUACCGAAGAAUAUCAUUCUGCCUUUCCAAGAAGACACUCGUAUGGUAUCCUUCCAGGUUGACAACUUGGAUACUUUCAGUCUCGAUAUCGACGUGUUCCCCACAUAUGGCGCAAAGGUUAUUGCCAAGACGGUCGCCCUAUCAAGCAUCUUCAAGGGACUACAAGGCUCUUCGGCAUGUUGUUUGCCAUUGUUUGAUCCCCGCCUUCGCGCCAUUGGACAGAUCAGCUUCACUGUGCAGGUCAUCAAGCCAUUCCAAGGGCAGCCUCUGGAGAUUACCGACUUUGAAACCUACUGGAAAGCAACAAGCCAAUUCAACCAACCAACUAGCGCUAUUGUCACUGGAUCGAGCCUCUCGGGCGAUUAUGUAAGGCUAUUUGUCCAAUAUACCAGUGACGGUGUCCCUGUGCUCUGGCCUAGAUGGACAAUAGCCUGCGGUGGCCUUGAUAUUCCUGUCUGCAGAUUGACUCUGGAACAAUUCACUUCCAUGACUAUCAGGAGCAACAGCCGUGCAGAACUCCCCAACUUGAAAACCAAGUCAGCUGAAAGCAUGGCUGAGGUCUAUCACAUCCUUGCGACGGUCGGUGUGACACUUCAGGAAGCACUUUCUUUACUCAACCCUGGAAUGCAUGUCAAUCUACAAGUAUUGUACCCAACUCCCGAGGAAGAAAAGGCCUUCUCGCUUGGGCCUGCUUUGGAUGUCAACGUGUUUGUCGAUUCAAUCCUCAACAUUGUGUUCGAGCAUGCGCGAACACAACGUGCACAGGCUCCUGAUGUGGUCCGAUCGAUUGUAUUCAGCAGCUUCAGCCCUCGACUAUGUACGGCCUUGAAUUGGAAGCAGCCCAAUUUCCCUGUUUUCUUGUGUAACGACCUCGGACGAGAGGAGACCUCGGGACCCAGUGGAAGGCGAAGUACCUCCAUUAAGGAGGUUGUGAGAAUUGCCCAAAGCAAUAACUUCAUGGGAUUAAUAUGUUAUUCUCGACUACUGGACAUGGUACCUGCACUGGUAGAUGCUGUCAAGUCUCAUGGGCUGGCUUUGGUGACAGACAAGUCAUCGGACUCACCGGAUGCGAGCCCAAUGACUGAUCCUUUCCCACGACCACCCAAGGGCGUCGAUGGAGUUCUGAAAAGCCAUGGUAUUUUGCGUUUCAAUGAUUCAAUAGACAUGUAGGUGGCUGUAAUGAGACAUGCCCGAAUAACGACUGAAAUGGCCGGGACGGAUAGAAAAAGAGGGAUCUGAAGACAUGCGUUGAUCGGAUAGAACUAUUCUCCACUGUGUAUUUGUACUUGUCAUACCAAAUUAACUAAAUGCUUGAUAAUUAUGAUUAGGCACCUUUGUAGU